AUGGAGGAGCAAGCUCAAAAGCUUGUGGAUGCCACGGCACGGGCUUUUACGGGUGGUAAUACAUCGAAACCUCUCGCUAAGCCGGGAAUGGGUGCGCCGAUGGGUGCACCUAUGAUGCCAGCAAUGAUGGGUCGACCGCCAAUGGUUGGUGCUCCAGUGGCGGGAAUGCGUGGACCAAUGCCGCCAUUUGGUUUUCCUGGAGCGAUGCCACCUUUUGGCGUUCCAAUGACCAUGCCUCCCGCGAUGCGUGGACCGCCAGCUCCUUUUCGCCCCGGUCCCCCGCAUUAG